CUCCCUCUCUCUCUCUCUCUCUCUCUCCCCUCCUCUCUCUCUCCAUCUCUCUCUGUGGUUGUCUCUCCAGGCUUUAGACCUCCCUCUUCCUCCUCCCCCUCUUCUCUCUCCCUCUUUCUCUAGCUUCCCCUUGGAUUUUCGUGCCAUUGUUGAUGAACAAAUCCUCGGAAACAAACCAUUGAUUUCUGAUAACAAUUUGACUCGAUUCUUCAUUUGGGUUGUAUCCAGAAACAGGUGUUAAUGCUGUGAGUUGUUAAUCCGAGAGGUCGAGUUCUUCAGCGGACGAUGAUGAGGUACCAGAGAGUGAGCCCAGAUUGCGUUCCUCUGAGCAAUGGCAAGAAACCAACCAUGAGAGCCAUAUCCAAAGACGAUGGGAUUGCAGACACCGUGACAACAAACAGUACAGUCACAUCUCUAGAACCCACCAAACCCUUCAGAUUCCGAUCCCAACCCACGCCUCAAGACCCGACCCAAUCCCAAUUCGGAGCCCGACCCACUUCCCCAAACGGUGAAAUCCACCAUCAGACCCAGCAGCGGCAGGACAAGAGUCCCAGCCGGACUCCCAGUCCAAUCCGCGGCGCCGGCGAUGUGCUGCUGCAGUGGGGCCAGAGAAAGAGGUCGAGAGUCUCCAGGACCGAGAUCCGAGCUGUCACCGAUGAGUCCUCUUCGUCGGCUCAAGCGAGGCAAGCUUCGAAGCUGCAGAGGAGAGACAAGUCCAUGUCGCCGCCUCCUCCUCCGCCGCCCCUUCCGUCUUCUUCCUCCGCUACGUCGUCGUUUUCCAAUGGCAGCAGACUGAGAAAGGAAGGCUCCGGGUCGCUUCCUAGCAGGAAUUUGGUGGAUCGAUCUGCUACCGUUAAUGGGUCACCAUCGAGAAACCCUGCUGGUGGCAGCAACGGCCGAGCUGCUUCCAGAUCCACUGCGGGGAAACGAUCUCCUCCGCCGGAGAAAAAUGAGAGAAAGGUGCCAGCUUGCUCAGGCAGGUCAUCAGCAGCGGCCAAAGAUGACAACAAGCCAAAUGGAGCUCAAGCUGAUCGUGGGAAUCAUGCUGAUUCUAGUUUGUUGCAAUCGGAUCAGUUGGCCGUCGGGGCAGGGGCGGAUAAUUCUUCCGCCGCAGCUGCAACGGCUUCCGCGGCUGCAGCGGAGAAGGUGAACUACGAAGUGGUGGAGUGGCCGAGAAUUUAUAUUGCUCUGUCGAGGAAGGAGAAGGAAGAUGAUUUCCUUGCAAUGAAAGGCACAAAGCUCCCUCAGAGGCCCAAAAAAAGGGCCAAAAAUGUUGACAGAACUCUGCAGUAUUGUUUUCCAGGGAUGUGGCUGUCUGACUUAACAAGGAAUCGAUAUGAGGUCAGGGAGAAGAAAUGUGUGAAGAAGCAAAAGCGAAGGGGACUCAAGGGAAUGGACAGCGUCGACAGUGAUUCCGAGUAGCAAGCUUUUUAUUUUUAUUCCAAAAAUUGUAUAAUUUAUCCAAAAAAAUUAUAGAAAAGAAAAAAAAAAAAAAAACGCUGGAAGUCAGGGUGGGUGGGGGUCGGGGCCCCACUGGCCGAGUCGUUUCACGGCCUUUUCGUAGUCCACCUGCCCUUGCUUUGUAGGACACAGUGUUCUCGCCGUCGAUGUCGAUGAUAAUGGGUUUUGUUUUGAGGAUCAACGGCUGAGAUGUUCUUGGGGGUUUCAAGGGUAGUUGUGAGAUUUUGGAUUUUGGGGUGGGGGCAUUUUGGUCAGCAGAUGUCACGGACCGAGAGGUGGAUGUACAGGGGUUAUUAAAGGGGAGCUUUCAUCCUCAUGACUCGGUCUGUGUACGUCAGCCAACUCGGCAAUUUAGAUAAAAUAUAUAACUAGAAUUUUCUCCUUUUUUUUUUUUCGAAGGUGGCUUUUAUUAUUAUUGUUUUAAUUUGUUUUCUUCUAGUUUAUUGGUAUCUGUCAUGUCAUCGAGUAACUAAUGUUGGCUGUGCAUUCCUUUUGGUGUUUUUUCAUGCUAAUCUCGUGUACAAAGCUGCUUUGCUUCUGCAGUUCCCCUCCCAUCAAUGACAAAGCUGUUUCACUUUUC